AUGUCAACCAAGUUGAAGGACUAUAUCCUCGAGGUGAUGCUCCCCACCACCCCCGCCAUCAUCAUGUUCAUCUCUGGUAUCAUCUUCUCGUGGGACGCCGUCGCCGACGGCACCCCGCGCCUCGUCGGUUGGCUGAUCAUGUUCGUCGUCGGCCUCGGUUUCUCCGCCCUCCUCUUCUCCCUCCUCUACCGCCGCCACGCCUACAUCUUCGCUGCCAGCUUCCACAUGGGCCCAUGGUACAACUUGCGACUCAUCGCCAUUGAACUGUUCCUCAUUGCGUGCCUUGAUACUUCGGGAUGGCUCCUCGGCUACUACGAGGCCAGUCCACUCCUCCCCAAGACCGAUCGCAGACACUGGUUCAAAGCCUGGGGAGUAUGCCUGGCCUUUACCCUGUUCUUCUGGGGAACCCUCGUCGGCUGGCUCCUCUACCUCCUGCGCCGCGCCGACUGCAUCCACGACCGCGACGGUAGUGCCCUCCCUUGGUCUUUCUUCAAGCGCGCCUCCGUCCUCCCCGAGGCGCAGCAGGCGGCACUCGCAAGCGAGGCCCGCGGCAUGUACUACCCCAACAUCCAGCACAUCCCUAAUUCCUGGAGAAACUCGGGCCGCCCAGCUACCGAAUGGCAGAGCUCGACGUUUGCUCCCCACCCCAACCGCCUUUACCACACGCCCCAUGGUACAAUGACGCCUCAAGGUCUCGGUGUCAAGUGGCAGCGUCCUAUCGGCGCGGCUCCGCCCCGCCCCUCGCGCCAGGGUGCCCGUCUCUGA